AUGUCCUCGAUUCUUGCGAAACGGCCGAGGGAGGAGGAUGGAUUUGGUGACUAUGGGCACAAGAAAUCGCGUCUUGGCCAACGUAACAAUACCUCGUUUCUGUCCACAUGGGUUCCCUUCGACAAUCCUACGCCCUCGCCUCCAUUACAACCCACCGAGUCAUCACACGAAAUCAACAGCACACCCUUCGAAAACACACUACCCGAACCCUUCCGGCAAUGGCGCGAGGAAAAGAAACAACCAUCACAUUCGUCCCUACAGCACCGCCGUCCCCCAACCCUAACACUGGAUACCGCCAUGGACGUCGACAUGGCACAAAUCUCACCUCUCCCAAAUGGCGACAAUCUCUCGCCCUGGCCCGUCGGUGCAAAAAGCAAAGCCAUCUCAAAUCACCUUCAACCGUCGCCCAUACCUCACCAUCUUCUCAAUCAGUCACUGACUAUCAGCGGAGGCCGAACAUCUACACCGAUAUACAGUCAUUUCACAUUAAACAUGAACAAGGACUUGAUGACCGAUUCUUCUCGAGACAUUAACAGUGCUACUCCUACGCCUAACACACAUAACACGAAUGAGUCUAGUUGGUGGCGACGACGGCGAUUACCCAGUCCAAUCAGCGAGGCCGGCGACAUCUUUUCUGAGAUGGAGCCUACAACCAAUAUAGACAAAGAGAUGAGCAGACAGAAAUACUGGCCUGAUUCUCCUUCAUCCAUGGAUAUCGAUGGCGACACGCCAUCGAACAUAUACCUUCAAGUCCCAGAGCAGAAUUCGGGAUUUCCUACUCGAAUGCCUGCCAAGGUUGAGACUGAAAGUACUAUACCUAUAUUAAGGACACCAGCAUCAACAACCGAGACAAAACGCCUAUCGGUCACGGCACCCAAAAGAGAGAAGAUCAAAAUGGCCUCCCCCAUCCCUCGAGGCCUCAAACAGGUCCUCCAAAAAUCUCCCUCCGAUAUAGUCAUCCUCUCUUCGGUGCGCACGGCAGUCACCCGCGCCAAAAAGGGCGGCUUCAAAGAUGCCUACCCGGAAGAACUGCUCGCGCAUGUCCUCAAAGCAACUCUAGCCGCAAACCCAAACGUCGACCCAGCACUCAUAGACGACGUAACAAUCGGCUCCGUGCUACAAGAACUCGGCGGCGCAAAAGCUGGUCGGAUGGCGCAGAUCCAUGCCGGGUUCCCGCAUUCAGUCUCGUUUCAUACGAUUAAUAGGCAGUGUUCGUCUGGAUUGGCGGCAAUCACGACUAUUGCGAAUGGAAUCAGGGCCGGGGCGAUCAAUGUUGGUGUGGGAGGUGGAAUGGAGUCUAUGACGCGCAAUUACGGAUCUAGAGCAAUUCCAACUGUGCUCUGGCCUGAGUUGAAGGAGUCGCAUUCCCAGGACGCGAAGGAUUGUAUUAUGCCUAUGGGACUGACUUCGGAGAAUGUUGCGAGUCGUUAUGGCGUAACGAGGGAAGAUCAGGAUGUCUUUGCGGCGAAUUCGCAUAAGAAGGCUGCCGCGGCGCAGGCGGCGGGUUUAUUUGAUGAGGAGAUUGUGCCUGUUACGACGAAGUUUUUCGAUGCUGAGCAUCCCGAUGCGCCGCCGAGGGAGAUUACGGUUGAUAAGGACGAUGGUAUUCGACCUACGAUUUCGGUGGAGAAGAUGGCUACGCUCAAGCCGGCGUUCAAGGCGGAUGGUACCAGUACGGCUGGAAAUAGUUCGCAGGUCAGCGAUGGUGCGGCUGCGACGUUGCUUAUGCGUCGCUCCACGGCUAUGGAGCUUGGUCUUGGGUCUUCGAUCAAGGGACGCUGGGUUGCUAGUGCGGUUGCCGGCUGUGCUCCCGAUGAGAUGGGUGUUGGGCCUGCAGUCGCGAUUCCCAAGCUUCUCGCUCAGACUGGAUUGGAAGUUUCUGAUGUCGGUAUCUGGGAACUCAAUGAAGCGUUUGCUUCCCAGGCGUUGUACUGCGUUCGCAAGUUGGGUAUUGACGAGAGCAAAGUCAACCCCAAGGGUGGUGCGAUUGCUAUCGGUCAUCCGCUGGGCGCCACUGGUGCUAGACAGGUGGCCACGCUGUUGCCUGAGUUGGCCAGGACGGGACAGGAUAUUGGUGUUGUGAGCCUCUCAGAUGACCCCACUGGCAUGGCCGACGUAGUGUUUGUAGCAAUCGACUUUGAAAAUGCACAGAGCAUCUGGGAAAACACAUCCUCGAAAGUGGGAUGUCAGGUUGGUAUUGCUGUUCUAGACACUGGACAACUUGAAAAAAGACGUCUGGCUGCCGCUUCUUUCUGCCUAGACGAUGAGCAAGACGAAAGUCCCUCAAAAGAGGCUGAGGAACUCAUUACAACGUACAAUUUUGCUGCAGGUCCCGUCGAAUAUUGCCAGAGGGCAAAUGUCAAAAACAGCUUUCUUUUCGGUAAAACGACCUUUAUCGACCAGAGUGAUAUGCGGGAGAGAGUCGAGUCUUGCUUACCGCAAAAUCGCGAAAUCAUUCUGGUUGGUCAUGAUCUUUAUCACGAUAUCAAGGCACUUGAAACGAUGGGGCUCAACUUUAAGAACAUGCGACCACCAGUACGACUUCUUAAGCCGCUGGAGGCACCUAGCCUCCGAAACUCUAAGAACGCAUUAUAUGUCUGCUCCAAUUGCCGCUACGAUGCCUCCCUCCUCCCGUCACAGCACAACCACGAAUCUCGUCGCUAUGCCAGCGGAAACACCCCCUUCACCGACAAGCUUCGACGACGAAUCUGGGGAACCGAUAAGCCUCCCGGUCUCGAAGAUCCAUACGGUGGCGAAGGUGUGAUUGCUUCGGAAUGGGCAAAACGCAAAGCUCAAUACAUGGGUAAACGCGAGGAUGAGCAAAAGGAGCAAAAGGCAGAAGCAGAAGGAGAGGAGUUGAUCCCAGAAGAAGAAUAUGAGCCCGAAGAAGGGCUGGAUCUGAUUCCGGACGAUUUCAGCCCUGCUACGACGGCGCAUGAUUUGCCGAGGAUGGGUCAUUUGAGUCAAUGGAGUGACUUUCCGCCCGCUGAGGGUGAUGUAUAUCAACCAUUUGUUUCCCGCAAAAGAGCCAGCGAAAGCGCCCAUUUCCGCUCAGCCGCUCAUUCUGUUGCUGUCGAAUUAAGUCUUUUGCACGAACUCAAGAAACCUUUGUCGUUAGCUUGCGAUGUGUCCAGACACGAUGAACAGAUUUGGAAAAUGAUUAGAAACUGCCAAAUCAACAAUGGCAGCCUAACAUUUCCAAAAGAGAAGACAAAGGAGGCAUUAUUUUUCGUCUUCAACCAGCUUGGAGAGUCCCCGGAGGCUCAAAAUGAAGCUGCCGCCGAAGCUGCUGAACAAACGGAAGACGAAGCCACUGUUGACACUACCGAAAGACUCGAAGCUGAAGCAGUGGCUGAAGAAGAGCUCGAAGUUGAAGAAACUGCUGAACCCGAACAACCUGACGGAAUAGUGGAUGCUGUUUACUCCUAUGCCUUGGAGGCCAAAGAACCUCCUCACCACAAGGGAUACCUUGAUUUCUCCCUUGCCGACCCUGCAGUCAAAUUCGCCUUCUUCAAACGUUACUCCCAAAUAACCGGCCACCACAUGCAAGAUAUCUGCAUCUACAAGGCUAAAACCAUCGGAGAUGUAAUAGCACACGUCGAAAGGAUCUACUGCCGACCCAAAAAGCUUGCGCCAGAACUCCGUACGCUAAAAGAUAAAAUCGAUCUUCCGAACGUGGCUAUCUAUUCCAAGCGAUACACCAAAGGACGGCAGGAUCGUGAGAAUGGUAGAGCGAAGCUUGUGGAAGCGGCUUUGAGGGAGAGGGGAUUGCUGUGGAGGGAGCAGGAAGACAAAUCGAGCAAGUUCAGCUUGUAA